GCGUCCGAGCGCCUAGCGAGCCGCCGGGUGGGUUGAGGGGGCGGCGGCGCUGUGGGAGCCGGGGAAGUUUGGGCGACGCGGCCAGAUCUGCGAUCCAGAGCGCCAGGCGCUCGAGCCUCGAGGACCGCGGGGGCAGGCGGACACGCUUCCCGACGCCCCCGGGGCCCGCAGCCGUCGUCUCGUGUCCUCUUGCCUGGGAGGUAGCCAAGCUUCUAAAAUGUCAUCCGUCAAGCCUCUGGUUUAUGCAGUUAUUCGUUUCUUGCGGGAACAAAGUCAGAUGGAUGCAUAUACUUCUGAUGAACAAGAAAGUUUGGAAGUUGCAAUUCAGUGCUUGGAGACAGUUUUUAAGAUCAGUCCAGAAGAUACACACCUAGCAGUUUCACAGCCUUUGACAGAAAUAUUCACAAACUCCGUCUGUAAGAAUGACAUUCAGCCCCUUUCAAACUCGGUGCCUGAAGACGUGGGAAAGGCCGACCAGUUGAAGGAUGAAGGCAACAACCACAUGAAAGAAGAGAACUACACUGCUGCAGUGGAUUGUUACACACAGGCAAUAGAAUUGGAUCCCAAUAACGCGGUUUAUUACUGCAACAGGGCUGCUGCUCAGAGCAAAUUAAGUCACUACACAGAUGCAAUAAAGGACUGUGAGAAAGCGAUCGCCAUCGAUUCCAAAUACAGCAAGGCCUAUGGAAGGAUGGGGCUGGCCCUCACCGCCAUGAAUAAGUUUGAAGAGGCAGUUACAAGCUACCAGAAGGCACUGGAUCUUGAUCCUGAAAAUGAUUCCUAUAAGUCAAAUCUGAAAAUAGCAGAACAGAAGUUAAGAGAGGUGGCUAGUCCUACAGGAACUGGGCUGAGCUUUGACAUGGCUAGCUUGAUAAAUAACCCGGCGUUCAUCACCAUGGCUGCAAGUUUAAUGCAGAACCCCCAGGUUCAACAGCUAAUGUCAGGAAUGAUGACAAACGCCAUCGGGGGACCCGCUGCUGGAGUGGGAGGCUUAACGGACCUGUCUAGCCUCAUCCAAGCGGGACAGCAGUUUGCUCAGCAGAUACAGCAACAGAAUCCUGAACUCAUAGAGCAGCUGAGAAAUCACAUCCGGAGCAGAUCAUUCAGCAGCAGCACAGAAGAGCAUUCCUGACUUGAUCAGGACCAUUGCUCCCAAUACAGAUAGCUUGUGGUUCUGAUAUGUCCACCUGUAGAUAAUAGCCAAAAACAAAGUAACAAAAUCCACCCUACACAAUGUCUGAAAAUAAUGGAGGAAAGUCUCUUGUGUAAACCUGAGAGAAUCCAUCUGUUUAGAAAAUAGUUUAUCACAAACAGACUUGAACAUAAUACAAACUCCUUUGGAAACAAACCAUCAGUAGCCUUGUUAAGUGCUAAUACAGUCUUGGGACAAGGGCCCAUCCAUUUUAAAACUUUUAUCAUCAUAUUUGUAUAUCAGACUUAGUACAGAGUAUAUUUAUUGAAUAGUAGGGCUAUUUAUUGGAAAGUUCUCUAGCUACAGGUUUCUCUAGCCCAUGGGUUUUGAGAGGGCCAUGACUAAGUAGAAAGACUUCUCAUGCUGGUUUAGAAGAAAAAGAGAGAAGCUUUGAUAUGUGCUACCAUCGGUAACACAUGUCUGUCUUGGGUACCGGUACUAUCUGUGGGGCAGCUUGUAUUGGUGUCAGGGGAUCUUCAGAACCGGCAGGAAGCAAUAUUGGUGCAAGUGAUGCUUUGAAGAUACUGUGAAUGUACAGAAAGCAGUGGUCGUAUGCUCAGGUUUUCUGCAUAGAUUUUAACUAAUCUUGUCUGUAGUUUAGUGUUGAUAGCAUUCGCAUGGUCAGUUAAGUACAUAAUGAAACACACUUAGAGAUCCUUAAGGGUACCGGUGGGGUCAGUCAGUGAGCACAACUGUUCUAUUUAAUUAUCACAGCUUAACUGUCACAGUUUCAUUGGUGGGAAACUUACCUAGGGCAGUAGCUAGUGACAUUUAAAAAAGCCACUGACUUGACCCCAAAUUAUAGGAUUUCUAAGUGGUAUUUAAUUAUGUGCCCGUCAACGAUGAUUUUUUUUUUUUUUGAACUUUACCAUUAUUUGAUGGCUAACAGAAGCAUCUAUUGCUAAUUUGUGUAAUCCUCUGCUGCAGUUUGGCUUGGCAUGUCAGUCUUAUGCUUACCUUUAAUUUAUUGCAAUUUAAACGUAACAGGAGACUUCAAAUAUCUUAUCCUAUUUAUGCAUCUGGCAUAUGGUUAGUAGGAAGAAAUGGCAUGGGAUACUAAUGGCAUGACUCUAGGAGCACUGAUGGAUGAGGAAAGUCCAGUUUCAAAUGGAAUUUGCCUACGUAACCAAAAACCUGGUUAAAUAGGGGCUGGCAUGUAAUGAUUUUGCAGGCGAUGAGGGGAAGGUGAAAAAGUAAUUUAAAAAUUAAUGAGGUGGUAAGGGCCUUCCCACAGCUCUUCUCAAUCUGUGCAUUUAGAAUCUUGAGGUUUCAAAAGUAACCUUUUCUUUUUUGCCUUUUGUAAGACAGUGGUUUUGUGAUUUCACUGCAAGCAUCAAGUGUGGGAAAUUAAUUAAAAAUCCUGGUUUAGGGUCAUGUCAUCAGAUUUGGUUUAGAUCACCAUUUUAAACAGUGCAUGAUGCAGUUAGAACUCAACUUUAGAACAACAUAAGGUUGUUCUUAAAUAGCCAGCAAGGACCUGGGCUCAGGCUCACGUGGGACAGACCCAAAACACAGUUCUGGUAGAGAAGAGGAGAACCUCUGUCACAGAACCAUGUUGUGUUGGCUUACACUCAGCAGCGAGUGUUCUUUGCAGAGUGAAAUACUCCCUGGUUGCCUAAAGGUUAUGACUGCAAUCAAAGAACAUUCGAAGUUGACCACUAAAAACCAGUCAUCCAGUGUUGAAUAUGUUAAUAAUCCUAGAACAUGCUUUCGAUUCAAUACAGUGAAUCCUUAGUGUGUUGAGUAGGAAACAGAAAAUACAAAUGGACAGUAUCAGAGAUGAAAGUGAAAGUGCAUGUCUAGUAUGUGAGACCAUGGGUUCAAGUCCAUCAUUGCAUUAAAAAAGAAAAAAGAGCAGAUGUAUUACCGAACAGAUCCUGUAGAUAUUGAAAGGGAAACUAGGGAGAUUGGGAGCAUAGUUCAGUUGGUGGUGCUUGCCCGGCACGAAUCCCUGGGCUACUUCUUCCCUACCUAGUACUGCAUGGAACUGGAAUGGUAAUGUGCACCUGUAAUCCCAACACUUGGGAAGUAGAGGCAGGACCAGGAAUUCAACAUCAUUCUUGGCUACACAGUGAGUAUGAUGCUAGCCUGGGCAUCAUAAACAAAACAAAACAUCAAAAACAAAACAAAACAAACACCCCAAUAGGAAAUAAACAGCAAAAAGGACAAUUAAAAAACACGAGUUCCCCUAGAUUUUUUAUUUAACAACUUUUGGAAACCAGUCUUUGUGAAGAAGAUAACAUGAAUAGGCAUCUUUGUUAAGAAAUGUCAGUACCUUCCAGGAAAAACAAAAACCCAAUAGGCUCAAAUGAUUUCAGUGGUCAACUCUAUCCAAGACUUAGGAGAGACUAAUACCGGUUCUAUACAACUCUUUCAGAAAACAGAACAGGAAGAAAUAGUUCCCAACUCGCUUGACCAGUAAUAUCCUGGUAAGAAUUAACAGUUCCCAUCAGCGGCUCAGAACACUGACUUCUUGUGCUAACACCCUUGGCUAAAGGGAGCUCUUCUUUUUACAUGAAAUUAAGGAACUGGUGUAUCUUCCAUUUCACUUCUUCAUUUGUUUCUUUGGGAACAAAUAUACUACCAGAUGUCGUUUCCUGCUUCCUUUUCCUUUUAUUCAGGACACCUUCUCUUCAGGUUUCUCCAUUUCAUUGCGAUCGUCACACUGCAAGCUAUUUCAAGAUUUUUUUGUGUGGUCUGAUUGUGCUAGAUGUCUUAAAAUUCUAAGAACUUCCCUAGGUAUUCCCCCUCCCCCUUGUCUGGAAAAUACACUUGCCGAGAGAAACAGGAUGGCAUUGAACUUGCAUACAUUCUCAUUAGGAAUGCCCGACUCCCGUGACCCCAUUUCAUUGGAGUAGCUGAAACUGUUACCGUGCUAUGCAAAACUGAAUAUGCCCUUUUUAUGGAAAUGGAAUUUCAUUUACUGUACCAAAUCAUCAAUCUAGUUUUUAUAAUAGCUGACACAGAUCCUUUAUAAGAUGGCAUUUAUCUAACUUUUAUUUAGAGUAUGAACAGUAUGUACCUAUGUUGUUUAUACACAGAAGAGACUUUGUAAUUAAAAGUAUAUAGCAGAGUAACUUUUAAAUUCUGAAUGAAUGAAAACAUGGUUCAGUCAUGAGAGGAUGCUUGAAAGAAUGCUGAUACAGACUGACUUGAUCAGUCGUGGUCGUUCAUCCUAAAGGAACCAAUUUCAGUUCUCACUGCUUGCAUUUUGUUUUGUUAGACAUUCAUCAAUCACGACUAAUGUGAAGGUCAAGCCUUCUGAAUAUAUCUUUCAUUUUGGACCAAAUAAUUUGUCAUGGCAAUAAAUAAUUAUGCAUUUAAGAAAAA